AUGCACGGAUACCGAACCUACAACAUGGAGAGCCACCAUGCUCACCACGACAGCAGUCCCGUGGACCAGAAGCCCCUGGUCGUCGACCUGAUGGCCAGCCAAUAUGGCAAGCCCCAGACUCCGCCUCCCUCGCCAAAUGAAUGCCUCUCCAGUCCGGACAACUCCCUGAAUGGCAGCCGCGGCUCAGAGAUUCCCGCUGAUCCCUCGGUGCGUCGCUAUCGCACUGCCUUCACCCGCGACCAGCUGGCCCGCCUGGAGAAGGAGUUCUACAAGGAGAACUAUGUCUCCCGGCCCCGCCGCUGCGAGCUGGCCGCCCAGCUGAACCUGCCCGAGAGCACCAUCAAGGUGUGGUUCCAGAACCGACGCAUGAAGGACAAGCGCCAGCGCAUUGCCGUCGCCUGGCCAUAUGCCGCCGUCUACUCGGAUCCCGCUUUCGCCGCUUCCAUCCUGCAAGCGGCUGCCAAUAGCGUUGGGAUGCCGUAUCCACCAUAUGCUCCAGCCGCCGCCGCCGCCGCUGCAGCCGCCGCUGCUGCCGCCACGAACCCGAUGCUGGGCGGAGGCAUGCCCCCGAUGUCGAUGCCCGGAAUGGGCGGUAUGCCCAUGCCGGGACACGCUGGACAUGCUCCCUCCCCGUACGGACAGUACCGGUAUGCGCCGUAUCAUAUCCCGUCGCGUCCUGCUCCGCCACAUCCCGCCGCCGCUGGCCCUCAUAUGCAUCCGCACAUGAUGGGCACCAGUGUCGCCGCCGCCGCUAGCUCCAGCUACUCGGGUUCAGCUGCCGCCGGCCUGCUGGGAGCCAUGCCCACCUCCGUCUCCGUCUCCGCCUCCGCCUGCUAUCCCAGUCUGAGUGGUAGUGGUGUGCCCAAGACGCAGACACCGCCGCUGGAUCUGCAGUCCUCCUCGUCGCCGCACUCCUCCACGCUCUCCCUGUCGCCGGUGGGCUCUGACCAUGCCAAGGUCUUUGACCGGAGUCCGGCUCCCGUUGCUGCUCCGCCAAUGACCACCACAAGCCCCCUGCCCGCCCCAGGACUGCUGAUGGCCAGCGCCAAGAGGCCCGCCUCCGAUAUGUCGCCGCCACCGGCGACCACAGUGAUUGCGGAGCCCAAGCCCAAGCUGUUCAAGCCCUACAAGACUGAGGCGUAAGCCCUCGAAGAACUCUAAGGAUCCCCUCGA